GAGCCUCCACCAAGCAUACCUGAAGGUUGCUAUGAUUGUGGAGAUGGAUUUUAUGAUCCUAAAACAAGAGUUGUAACCGAUUACGAUGGAAAGUUCUUAAGAAAUGCAGGUAAAUACGGCAGUGAUGUAUUUCGAUGUAUAUUUUGGUCGUUUCUCACUUCACUGUAUACUUGA